AUGACUGGGAACGUCCUGCCGACUGGUUCAGCGACGGUCGACCUUGAUCUGAUAGCUGCCAUCAAUGCCGCGAGGAUAUCGAAAUCACCGAAUGCAGAACUGGAGACAAAGGCAGACCAAUUAUAUCAAGCAAACCACAGUUUCGCCGUCUAUGGAACACUAGGACCCGGGAAGCCAAACCACCAUCAUAUCUCGGAUAUCAAAGGAACUUGGACAGACGACGCCGUUACGGGAAAAUUGGUGCAGUCAGGCUGGGGUGCUGCAAUGGGCUUCCCGGCACUACUUUGGAGUCAACAAGGAGAUGCAGUUCCGGUGCAGCUCUUGAGAUCGGAUAUGCUGCCAAACAGCUGGGACAGAUUGGAUACGUUCGAGGGUGCAGAGUACAGUCGGGUCCUGGUGCCGCUGGUCAGAGGAGGUGUUGCCAACAUUUAUGCUCACGCCGAUCGAUGA